GGUCCUCCUGGGAGCCAGGGAUCGUAACCAACGAUGAGCUUGUUGUGAUGUUAUUCCCUCGGGUUGAAUUAGUAGUUCAAAACGUCGCCAUUCUCGACAUCCUUCUGAACAAUCGAACGAUGGAAGCCAACUCGACUGGCGGGAUUGCACGAACUUCUAAAUAAAAGGAAAAUUUUCAAGUAGUCAUAACCAUAUACCAAAAAACAAACAGAAGAAGAAUGGACUCACUUGCUACCUGAGCCCCACUCGAGCUAGCAUUAGCAUGACCUCGAAGUGCCGGAGCUCAACCUUCUCCCCGAAGAAAUUCCAGUGCGGCCUGCACUCUGGAUAGUCAAUGAGGCUGACCUCAGCGAAGAACCUCGAUUAGCCCUUAAAGAUCUCUGCUAUACGCGAGCUCCUCGAAAGAACUAGAAAAAGAAGCAACUUUCGAAAAAAUCGUUCUUCCCAAAACAAAUGCAAAUUAAGAAAUGAUAGAUAGAUGGGAAUAACCAACAUCCUCGCUCCAUCUCAAGGAAUUCUUGUGAAAUCAAAUUUUCCACAAAUGCUUGGUCGACUUUGAAGACUAAGAAGUGCUACCUCCAUUUAUAAUCACAAUACGGGAUCCCCUCUAUUACCUGACGACCAGGCGGAGGCGAUACAAGAAAGGUCCCUUGAGCCCUAUUGUUCUGUUUUAUCAAGAAAAUUUUACGAAGCUCCUCAAUACUGAAUAACAGUCCUCUUUGCGAGCCCUAACCGAUAGCAUCAAGAAUUGCCUAAGGAAAUUGGGGCAUAUCUAGGCAAACACCAAACUCAGCUUCGCUAGAAUCUCGAGCAGAGGCUCUGGAAUCGGGAACAAAAAACUGCACUCCUCAAAGUAAGUGGAGUAGGCUUUGCAGUAACCCUCAAUGGCGAGACGAGAUCAAAUUUGACGGCGCGAUCGACCUUACAGCUCUCAUAAAGGUUGUCCAGGUCAGAUUUCUCAGUGAGGACGGGAAAAGGGCCGAAUAUAGUCAUCAAGGACAGAUUUCUGAAGAAAAGAGAAAGAAAGCAGAAGGUUUCCGAGAAGAAAAAAAUGAAAGUAAAAAAUGAGAGAACAAAAGAAUGAAGAAUCGCCAUUUAUUUGUAUAAGGCAACUGAGGCGGCAUGUCCGCUACGUUCAAGGAGAAUAAUAAUAAUGAGCAUUAUCUAUUCAAAGUUGUCUCAAACUGCAUAAUCAAAACCCGGCAGUUGCGGCAAAUUUAAGUCAUAAGCGGCGGAUGUUGACAAGUGCCGAGGAUCAUGUGCUCAAUCACGAUCAAGGGAAGCACGCCGAGUAAGAAUCAAAGCUGAGGCAAUCACACCUUUUAUGUUUUGAAUCUCUACUCAAAAGGGUCUGAGGAUACUUGUUGGGCCUAAAAAUGGCAAAGAACGAAUGAGCCCAUGAUUUAAGUAAACAGCAAAUUUAACUUGGUCAAUGUAGAGCAUGUGAUUAAAGGAGGUAGUUGAGAUGAUUUCAGAGGAGAGUAGCUGUAAAGAAAGAGAGGAAGUGAGAAAGAGGGGAGAAAAGGAACCCUAAACACAAUACACAUCAUACAAGACCUCGACCUCUCAUUCUCUACAUUCUUAUCUUAGUUCUUAGUCAUUGUAAUCCCAUUUUAUUGUAACCAUUGCAUUCGGUCAAUCUCUAUUAAUAAAUUCCAGUUUUGUUAACCGAAAAUUUGAUUACAUCAUUGUAUUCUAAGGAUAUUGUUGUCCACAUUAUUUUCUUCCCUAACUUCUUACAAACAAUCACUACCAAAUAUCUAGUGUGGUUUUUAGGAUCCACAUGUAGUUACUGAUAUUGUGCUUUAUUUUUAUUUUUAGUGUUAGUUUUAUCAUUUUAUUGAGUCAAGAAAGGGAUGAUAAACUUUUUAGCUUACUUAUUAUCUAAACAUUCUCUAGCAUCAUGCUUAGAUUAACUGACUGCAUGGUGUACUGAAUGGAAACACUAAAGUGGAUCAUAUGCCAGUAACAUCCAUACUGCUGAGAAUGUCUGAGAGAACCAAAGUUGACUUCCAACCUUAAUCAACAACAACUGCUUGUUUUGGGGCAUGGUAUACACUGGAUCAGAUUUCUCGUGUAAGUCUGGAAAGUAAAAACUGUGUGUUUAUGGUUUCCCUCUCACCUCUCUUCAGCAUCUAAGAAAAAAAAGAUUAAGAUGAUUUCCUAAGAUGCAAAAGAGUAGGAAAAUUUUCUUUGACCCCACUAUUCUAAUUUAAAGGGAUGAUCACACAUUGUUGGAAGCGAGGAGUAGGAAAAUUUUCUCUAACUCCAUUAUUCGCCUACACAAUGCAAAAUAAAAAAAAGGAAAAAAAGAUGAACAUUGUAGCAGGGUCAUUUUUCAUAGGAGAAAAUCAAAGAAAAUGAAAAAAAUUCAGAGAAGAAAUAAGAGAGAAGAAAGAGGAAAAAAAUCAGAGAAUACUACAUGUGUGUUCAGAUUUUUUCUUAAAUAAUAGUUCAUGUGUUCAGUGAUUCAUAUUCUCAAGAUUUAGCUUACAGUUUAUUUGCAUAAAUGAGGGCAGUAGAGGAGUACGUCAGGCGAUAUGAGUUGAAUUGUGUGUUGGAUGGUAUGGUUAUGUCUACAUUAUUCUAUUUAUGUAAUUUAUUCAGUCAUAGAUUUUGUCUUGCUUAAUUAUGUAUGAAUAGUCAUCGUGUUAGACUUAUGGUUUUAUUAGGGUUUUGAUGAAUUAUUGAUAACAUAAAACUGCUAUGGUAAUUUAAUAGGAACCAUUCAACAAAAUUGAUCUUAUUGCUUGUGUUCUAAAGUAGCUAACUACAACUAUGAACUUAGGAUUAUAGACAAAUACGAAAGUAUGACAAUUCCGAUUGCGCUUGGCCUUGGGCAUGCGAGAGCAGGUCUGAUCAUCUAGUGAACAUAUCAGUUAGGACGUUUACGCUUGUCUAAGGAAGUGUCGAUCAACACUCAAUAGUAUCAAUCGACACUCAUUGCUUGUUUGCAUGCGAGAGCUGGAACAUAGGACUUAGUCAUCUGAUUAGACUCGCAGCGAGAGCUGGAUAUCUUAUUAUUGCAUUCGAGUUCUAGGACAGUUCAUCACACACCCUUAACAUCUAUAACUGAUAAUUAUGAUUGCAUGAAACCCUAAGUUAAGCUUUCCUCUCAUAUACUUCACAACCAACUGAUUCACUUCUAAACUACUCAAAGUAAAAAUAAAUAUUAUAAAUAUAUAACUUAAAUAAAUUUAAAAUUUUUGUUUUAUCACAAUAUAUUAUACAAUUAAUCUAAUAAAUUAGAUAGAUUUAAUUAAAAAAAAUCAUAAAAAGAUUUGAAACAAAUUAAAAUUAAACUAAAUAAUAAUUUAUAUAAUUUAUAUUUAAUAAAUACAAAAUAAUAUAAUUAUAUAUAUAAAAUAUUAAAAUACACUAAAAUAGAAAUGUUAAAAUAUUUUGAUUUCGUAAAUUACGUUUUGUUAAUCUGGGGCUUUAAAAGUCCAUUAAACAAUUUAUAUGUUUGGAACAACAAAAGAUUAUAUGAAUGUUUAUUUAUUGUUUCUGGUUAGUUAGUUGUUAGUUGCUAGGCUUCAAUUUAAAAAUUAAUAAUUAAAAAAAAAAUCUGUUGGGCCAAAUCUCUACUUAUAUCCAUGUCUCUUUUUGUUGGAUCAAUUCUUUUCUAAUAAGUCAAAAUGAUUUCAUAAAAAAUGUGAAUAAAAGUUACAUACAUUUUAAUCAAUUAAAAAUCCUAAUUUUAUGUUAUAAUUGAAAUAUAUAGAGAAUAAGAGUAUUUAUAUCAAGUGUAGUCAAUAUAAUAUAUAUGAACGUAGAUGACAAAAAGAAAAUAUACAUGAACACAAAAAUGUAUUCAUAUUUCUAUAUUAGCAACAUUAGUUAUUUUGUAUGUAAUAAUAUACAAUCUAAUAAACAUUAUAUAUUUUAUUUAAGUAAUAUAAUAAUUCAAUAAUAGCCAUUGAAUAAAAAUAAAAAGAGUAUAUAAACAGAUAUAUACACAUUAUACAUUGUAUAGUAGUAUAAUAACAAAAAUAAUUAUGAAAAUGUUUAAAAUAUAUAUUAUCUAAAGAUAAAUGAUUAAGGUAAAAUUUGGAAAAAAUAACAUUCAUUAAGAUUAUAUUUUUGAAAACUACUCCAUCUUUUAUUGUUUUUUUUAAAGUACACUUAUCUAUAAGUAAAUGACAAUACUAUAUAAUUUAAAUAUCUAAAUUAAUACUUUUCUAUAAACAGAAAUAAAUUUGAAAUAUUCCUUGAAAAAUUGUUCUAGAAACAAGUCAACAACAAUAAAAUUUUCACUACACUUUUUAAAAAUAAUACUAUAAUAUCUCUACCAGGAAAAAACGGCAUCACCACUCGUUUUUCUGUUCUUUAUUUUUAUUUUCAAUUCACAGAGCAUAUAUGUCGAUAUUAAUUUUGUGAAUUCGUGAUUUAUUUCUGGUAUUAUUUCUGUUCUUUAUUCUUACAAUUCUGGUAUUAUUUCUUCACCGAUGUAUAUCUUAGCGUAAUAAUUUUGUGAAUUCUUUAUUUUAAUCUUGUCGAUAUUGUCUCCCUUUAACUUCUAUGAUUCUCACAUUUUAAUUUUUUUCAGUUCAUUCUCUUAUGAUUUUAGUUUUCUGUAGUCUCUUUCUUUUCUUUUCCAUGUAUUUGCCAUGGUCUAUUUCUCUCUUUUUCUUAGUAAACGUUUGCUUCAAAUUUCAUGUAGUCCUAAAUUUUAAACUAACCAAAUAACAAAACUUACUAUAGAGAAGGAAAUAAUAACAAAGAAAAAAUAGAAAAAGUAUUAAUCUUUGUGAAUUCCUCUAAAUUACAAGGUCCUUAAAAGUCUAAAUCUAGGUAUAUCACUUAUCUUCGUUCCAAUUGUUUUUAUCUAAAAAUAACAAAUAAAGAUAAAAAAAUAACUGUGAAAAAGUUCUUAAAAAUCAAAAUCUGGAUCAUCCGUAAUAGCAAAGAGUUUCAAACUGAUAGAUUGUUAUACAAAACUAAAUUAUGAAAUAUUGAACUAAUAAAUAAGCUCACAAGAUCGUAUUACGAGAAUAGAAAUUUGUUUGCAACACUGUUGUAUAAUUCUUUUCUUCAAAUAAAAUUUGUAAAAUUAAAAGAUAUAGUUAAGUCUUAUAUAUUUGCGAUUUUCUCUAUUUGUUAUAUUAAAAUAUUAAUAUUUAUUUAUUUCAGUUAUAAAUAAUAAUAAUUUGGAAUUUAAUUGUUUAAUGAGAAGGAGAAUAAAAAUGCAUUUUCAUAUAUUAAAAAGUGUAUUUUUCAUUAAUGAAAAAAUAUAGGUGUAAUUUUAAAAUUUUAAAUAACAAAUAGAGUAAUUUUCAAAUUAUUCCAGUGAUUAAUACUAAUAAUAAACAACUAAUUUUUAAACCAAUUAUAAUAUAAACCAAAUUAUUGGCGAAAUAAAUUACACAAAAUAAUUGUAAUGAUAUUAAUUUAAAUCACAUAAAAUAAAUAUGAUAUAACUAAAAUAUUUUAAUGCUAAAUAUUUAAUUAAUGUAUAAAUUUGUAUAAUUAAUUUAAACUAAAAUAUGCGCUACAAAUUAUGAUCUAGUUCUUUAUAUUAGAUGGAAAUAUGUUUGUAAUUAACAAAUAGAAAACAAGGUUGAAAAACGACAGUGGUACGAAAAGUUGAAUAAAGAGUUGUUAGGUCAAAUCAGUUGACACAAAUAAAUGACAUAGAGAGGGGAAAGUGGGGCCAGUAGGUGGAUCCCUACGUUGUCAUCUCUACCAAAAAGGUGGGGACAACUUCGUAAAUGCCCGCCGUAUAAUUAAAAUUUAAAUAUAAAUUAAUCAUUUAAUCUAAAAACAUUUUUCUUUUUCGCUUAUGGCACAGCUUGUCGGUAUGCGUGCAAACUCCUUUCACUGUCUCUUACUGUUCGAUGUUCAGACCAGCCACUGUCUCUCUCUCUCUCUAUAAUUUCGCAAGAGAACACUUGCUUUCGUUCUUGCUUUCACUGAUACACUUUUUGAGUCUACUUUGCUCUUCAUCCUUUGUUUCUUUCUUUAGGUUUUGGUCUCUCUUACUGCGUAACUACUCACAAUGAUCCAACUUGGGUUUCUUCUUCUACUGAGAAAGUGUUUUUGUGUGAUUGUGUUAUUUUCUUGAAAGAAGCUGUAAUUUUCCUAAAAUCUUCGGUUAAGCUUUUUUACUUGUCUGAAAACACCUUUUUUCUCUCUCUUUUGUCUCUGCUUCUUGUUCAAACUUUGUGUUCCACUUGUCUGUGGACUUUCACUAGAAGACACGACCUUAGAAUCUUCUUUGUCUGAGAAAACAAAAGAGACACGCACUUUAACUUACGUUACGACUUAAUAAACGACGGGUUUUCAGAGAAGCUCGCAUCCGAGUGAGAAAGUGGAAGACUUUUAUUAAUGGCGAUGACUGUGGCGGUGGGGAAUCGCCAUGAGAGUGGUGAGAAUAUAAAUCGGCAUUUGGAUAGCAGCGGGAAGUAUGUAAGGUACACGGGGGAGCAAGUGGAGGCACUGGAGCGCGUUUACUCAGAAUGUCCUAAACCCACGUCUCUCCGCCGUCAACAGCUGAUCAGAGAAUGCCCCUUUUUGGCCAAUAUUGAACCCAAGCAGAUCAAAGUCUGGUUUCAAAACCGAAGGUGUCGAGAUAAACAGAGGAAAGAGGCGUCGAGGCUGCAGAGCGUAAACCAGAAGCUUUCAGCUAUGAAUAAGCUGCUGAUGGAGGAGAAUGAUAGGCUUCAAAAACAGGUUUCUCAUCUUGUCAGUGAAAACGGAUACAUGAAGCAGCAGCUCACCUUGACCACACUCGUAAUGCAUCCGAAGAGAAUAUAUGGGACUGAUGCUAGCUGCGACUCCGUGGAUCCAACUCCUCCUCAGCAUCCCCUUAGAGAUGCAAAUAGUCCUGCAGGAUUGAUGGCGAUUGCAGAGGAGACCUUGGCAGAGUUCCUUUCAAAGGCUACAGGAACUGCUGUUGAUUGGGUCCAGAUGCCUGGUAUGAAGCCUGGUCCGGAUUCGGUUGGCAUUUUUGCCAUUUCACAAAAAUGCUAUGGCGUGGCAGCUCGAGCCUGUGGUCUUGUCAGUUUAGAACCUAUGAAGAUUGUUGAGAUACUCAAAGAUCGACCAUCUUGGUUCCGCGACUGCCGGAGCAUUGAAGUUUUCACAAUGUUCCCUGCUGGUAAUGGUGGAACGAUUGAACUCAUAUAUAUGCAGACAUAUGCACCGACGACUCUGGCUCCUGCCCGUGACUUCUGGACCCUGAGAUACACUACAAGCCUUGAGAAGGGCAGUUUUGUGGUUUGUGAGAGGUCUCUCUCUGGUUCAGGAGCUGGUCCUAAUGCUACUUCCGCUGCUCAGUUUGUGAGGGCAGAGAUGCUUCCUAGUGGCUAUUUAAUAAGGCCUUGUGAUGGUGGUGGUUCCAUAAUUCACAUCGUCGAUCACAUUAAUUUUGAGGGUUGGAGUGUACCAGACGUGCUGCGGCCCCUUUAUGAAUCUUCCAAAGUAGUUGCACAGAGAAUGACAAUUGCUGCGUUGAGAUAUGUGAGGCAAGUAGCGCAUGAGACAAAUGGAGAAGUGGUAUACGGAUUAGGUAGACAGCCUGCGGUUUUGAGAACUUUUAGCCAAAGACUAAGCAGAGGUUUCAAUGAUGCGGUUAAUGGGUUUAAUGACGAUGGGUGGUCCAUAAUGCAUUGUAAUGGCGCAGAAGACAUAACUGUUGCUGUUAACUCUACGAAGCACUUGAAUAGUUUUUCUGAUCCACUCUCUUUUCUAGGAGGUGUGCUCUGCGCCAAGGCUUCAAUGCUUCUUCAAAAUGUUUGUCCUGCGGUUCUCGUUCGAUUUCUAAGGGAGCAUCGGUCUGAGUGGGCUGAUUUCAAUGUUGAUGCAUAUUCUGCUGCCACGCUGAAAGCUGGUGCCUUUGCUUAUUCCGGAAUGAGGCCUACAACGUUCACCGGUAGCCAAAUCAUAAUGCCAUUAGGGAAUACAAUUGAAAAGGAAGAGAUGCUAGAAGUUGUUAGAUUAGAAGGGCAUUCUCUAGUCCCAGAAGACUCAUUUUUGUCUAGGGAUGUACAUCUUCUACAGAUUUGUACUGGGGUUGAUGAGGAUGCUGUUGGAGCUUGUUCAGAGCUUGUAUUUGCUCCAGUCAAUGAGAUGUUUCCUGAUGAUGCUCCCCUUGUUCCUUCUGGUUUCCGAGUCAUACCUGUUGAUUCUAAAACGGGAGAUGCUCAGGACUUGCUUACUGCUAACCACCGGACAUUAGACUUAACUUCAAGCCAAGAUGUGGGUUCUACACCAGAGACGGGUUCUAGUCCGAGCUCACGGUGCAUACUCACGAUUGCUUUUCAGUUCCCCUUUGAGAAUAACUUGCAAGAGAAUGUUGCCAACAUGGCUUGUCAGUAUGUGCGGAGCGUGAUAUCCUCGGUUCAACGGGUUGCAGUGGCGCUCUCACCGUCUGGGUUAAUCCAGAUUCCUGGUUCCAAGUUGUCUCCGGGGUCCCCUGAAGCUGUUUCUCUUGCAAUAUGGAUCUGCCAAAGUUACAAACAACACUUUGGCUCUGAUUUGCUGAGGACAGACUCACUUGGAGGUGAUGCGUUAUUAAGACAACUAUGGGAUCACCAAGAUGCUAUAUUGUGUUGCUCUUUGAAGCCACAGCCAGUGUUCAUGUUUGCGAACCAGGCAGGUCUAGACAUGUUAGAGACAACGCUCGUUGCGUUACAAGACAUCGCAUUGGAGAAGAUCUUUGACGAGUCAGGUCGUAAAGCCCUCUGCCCAGAUUUUGCCAAGCUAAUGCAACAGGGAUUUGCUUGCUUACCAUCUGGAAUGUGCGUGUCGACAAUGGGGAGACAUGUUUCGUACGAGCAAGCUGUUUCAUGGAAAGUGUUCUCUGACUGUGAAGACAAUAACAACAAUAGACUUCAUUGUCUUGCUUUCUUGUUUGCGAACUGGUCAUUUCUCUGAUCUCUGAUCCUCUUGUUGUCUUUAAGGGGGUAUCCUUUACUCAUUUUUGAUUGAUUUAGGUGCUUUAUUUUGUAAUUUAUUUGUUCUUAUUUAGUAGCUUUCGGAAAUAUUUCCCGCCUUACACUUCUCACAUCUAUUAGAGAGUACAUCUUAUAUAUUAAAACAGAAGUCACAACCUU